AUGGAAACGAUACACCAUAUGACGUUGGAGGAUAUAGUAGAUUGCAUAGAGAAACGGAACGAACAUAAAACAAGAGAAGAUGAAACAGAAAAUGAUGAAAACAGUAUGCAAUACUUGUGUAAUUUAUGUGGGCAAAGAUUCUGUAGCAGGAAGGUUUUAAUGGAUCACAUGAGAAAAACACAUCCCCAGAAGCAACAAUAUUUCUGUGGCAUUUGCCAGAAAGGAUUUAUUCGUUCCUGGCCUUUGAAAUUGCAUUUGAACUCUCAUAAUAAUAGCCGUUAUGACUGCAAGAUAUGUGGUAGAAGUUUUGUUCAGGAGAGAUCCUUGCGGAAUCAUAUGAAAUAUCACACAAUUACGGAAAACAUUGCCACUACUGGUAGUAGAAUGGAUACAACAGUAGGAAAACGAUUUGACCUUGUGGAGGAAGAGAACAACUGCAAUGAAAACAUAGCAAAGAAGCAAUAUGUUGCCUGUGAAAUUUGUAGUAGAGUCUUUGCUAAUUCUGAUUUUUUGAAAAAGCAUAUAAGUUCAUAUGGAAAAUGUCACUAUAAUUGCAAGAUAUGUGGUAAAAGUUUUCAUCAUGAACGAACCUUGUAUAGUCAUAAGGAGUCUCACAAAUCAAAGGAACAUGAUGGUUCUGCCGAAAAGAAUAAAGCAUCAGAAGUAGGAAUCCCACCUGAUCAUGUAAAGAAAGAUAACUGCAAUGAAAAAGUUGUAAAGAGUAUUGAAGAAGAUAAUGUAGAUUUGUCAUCUGUGAAAAGUAAAGAAUGUGAUGAGAAAGCCUGUAAAACCGAAAGCACUACAACAGGUACGGUACUUGAUCAAGUAAACAAAGAUUACGGCAAUGAAAACGUUGAAAGGAAUAUUGAAGAAGAUAAUUUAGAUUUGCUUUCUGUGAAAAGUAAAGAAUCAAAUGGUACAGUCCAUAAAAUUGAGGACACGGCAGUAGAAAUCCCUCUUGAUAAUAUAGCUGAAGAUGAUUGUAAUGAAAAGAUUGAAAGGCAUUUUGAAGAAGAUAAUUUAGAUUCAUUUUCUUUGAAAAGUAGAGAACCAAAUGACACGGCCCAUGUAGGUAAGAGGGAUGACACCACCAUACGCAUCCCACCCGAUCAUGUAAAAAAAGAUGAUUGCAAUGAAAGGAAUUGUGAAGAAGAUGAUUUUGAUUUGUUUUUCACGAAGGUUAAACAACUGUACACAUGUUUCGAUUGCAACCAGGUGUAUAGUGCAUUCUGGAAAUUAGAGAAUCAUAUAAAAAUUCAUUGGGAUUUCAAACCUUACAAAUGCCAGAUUUGUGGAACUACGUUCGGAAUUUCAAACGAGUUUAAAAGGCACACGCGCACUCAUUUAGGAGGUUUUUAUACAUGUGAUAAAUGUGGCGAGUCGUUUCAAUUCCACAAAUUAUUGAAGGAACAUAUAAUAUUUAAUCAUGUUGAAAAAGCUGUGAGAUGCAAGCGUUGUAGGAAAGUAUGCACAGAGGACAAAUUAGCAGAUCAUAUGAAGAUACACAAGUCAGGAGGCAUUAAGUGUAAGAUAUGUGGCAAGUCAUUUCAUAAACUUGACUACCUGUAUCGACAUGUGGCAAGUCAUUCUGACGAUCGACCUUACAAAUGUGACAUGUGUAUUAAAUCAUACAAGUAUUAUGAAAUGUUAUGA